AAGUAAGCAUUAAUAGUCUCGCUAGCGCCACUUGUCCAUGAUGGUACCAACAAGUAUUAUGUUAUAUUCGGCAAUAUAUUAAACCUAUUAUUGUUUUUAUUACAAACUAAUUCAUAAAUACCUUUUAAUUCAGAAUUAGAAUUACAUGCGCAAAUACGUAUUUAUUGUGAUAUCAGUAUUUGUUAAUAAUAAGUAAUUAAAUGGUACUGUUAUUAUUUACAUACUGGAAUUCCAUUCAUGUUACACAAUAAUUUAAAACAGUAAUUACAGUACUGUUGUUAAAAAUAAAGACAUUUAAAUUAGUAAGAAAAUAAAUAAAUUAACAAAGUUAAUAUUCGUGUGUGACAAUGUCAGAAUACGAUAAAGUGAAAACGGGAAAAUUGGUGUUGAAAGGUGAAAAAAUAAGAUCGAAAAAGCGUAAAUCUAAAAAACAAGAGAGAGAACAUGUUAUUACUACUGAUAACAAAGACACUGUAAUUCAUGGUGGAUGGUGGAGAGCUACACAAGUGUCAGAAGUGACAGGAACAGUAGCAAUUGAAUUUGGAAGUAACACCUAUAUGAAAGCUUUAGAUAAUGGGUUAUUUACUUUAGGUGCUCCUCAUAACGAAGGCGAAGGACCUUCUCCAGAAGAAAUUCUGACAGCAUUUCCAGUAAGCGAAACAAAAGUCGCACUGAAGUCUGGUUAUGGAAAAUAUCUGGGUGUUGAUAAGAAUGGGAUUGUUAUUGGAAGAAGCGAUGCAGUGGGCAUGAUUGAACAAUGGGAACCAAUUUUUCAAGAUAAUAAACUUGCUAUAUUAAAUAGCAAUAAUUGUUUCAUAUCGCUUACAGAAGAAGAUGACAUUGUUUGUCAAAACAAAAUUGCUGGACCUUCAGAGUUUUGUACUAUAAGAAGUAUAAUUCAGAAAACUCAAGAUCCAAAUAAAGAUAUUCCAAAGGAAGAACAAGGUUCUUUACAGGAUGUUGAAGUAAAUUAUGUGAGGAAGUUCCAGAAAUUUCAGGAUAAAAAGCUAAGAAUAAGCAAAGCAGAUCAUACAGAAUUAGAAAAAGCUAAGCGUGAUGGAAAUUUACAUGAAACUCUUUUGGAUAGAAGAAGUAAAAUGAAAGCGGAUCGAUACUGUAAAUAAUUUAGGAAUACUAAUGUUGUAUGCGUUUUAA